CUUUGUUCUGUCUCUGUCGGAUAUAUAUAUACUUCCUGUCCCUUAUCUUCAUCCUUUACUUUUGCUUUUCUUACUAUUCUUUUGUUGUUACUCAUUCCUGCCCCAUUUCAGAAUCUGGUGCAUUUCUCUUUCAUUCCUUUUUACGGCCAGAUUCCGACCGUUUGAAGCUGUGAGAGCCCAUCAUUUUUAUCUUCUCACUCAUUUAUGCCUCACAUUUCUUUGUCCCCCUCCCAGACCUGAUUCUGUUGCUGGAAGAAGAAGUAAAAGGGGUCAAAACGACAGGAAAGACAGCAAAGGUCAUUCCCUCGCCUGUUCUUUUGCCACCUCAAGGAUGACCACCCUAAUCACACCCAACAACUCCAUAAACCUCCAUCCACCACACGAUUAUCAUGAUAACCAUUAUAGGAAAACCGAUGUCACCCAGAGUGACAGCAGCAAAGACUCUGCGUUUGGGUCAGAGGAGACUGUAUCAGGGCCUGUCCAGAUUGCUGUAUUGACACCAGACGAGCAGAACUCCAACCGUUGCUCCGAAAAGGGGUCGUUACCUGACGGGGAAGCCCAGGACCAUAGCAAAGAGCUUGGAAGGAUCUGCACAUGGGCUGAUCUUCCUCAAUGGAUGCGGGACAAUCCAGCCAUUCUGACAGGAUACCGAAGAGCUACAUAUAGCUAUCAAAAGUGUGUUCGUUCACUUUGGUAUCUACACAACGAAACUGUCAACAUCUGGUCGCAUCUACUCGGAGCUGUGGCGUUUGUUAUUAUUGCGCCCCUCGCUUACUUCAAGGUGCUUGAGAUAGUGGAUACAGUCCGAUGGACAGAUAUCGUGGUCCAAUAUGCAUUCCUAGCUGGAGCCAUCGUCUGCCUCUCGCUGUCAGCCAGCUUUCAUACAUUCUGCUGCCAUUCGGAAAAAGUCUUCUCGCAAUGGGUUCGCUGUGAUUACUUGGGGAUUAUCUUCCUGAUUGUCGGAUCGUACUACCCAGCUCUAUACUACGGCUUCUAUUGCCAAAGCACACUGCAGAUUCUUUACAUUUCAAUAAUUUCGAUCUUAGGAGGAGCUACUAUCAUCGUGGUUAUGCAACCGCGGUUCCAAACACCUCAAUAUCGAUGGGUGCGUUCAGCUCUAUUCUUGGCAGUCGGACUUUCUGGCUUAUGCCCCAUCAUCCAUGGCAUUAUUCUCUAUGGGUUUGUGCUCGCUCAAAAGGCUGUCGCGCUCAACUACAUCUUCUGUAUGGGCGCAGCAUAUGUGGUCGGAGCACUCAUCUAUGGUAGCCGUACUCCAGAGCGUUUCUUUCCUGGAAAGUUUGAUAAUUUCAUGGCCUCGCACCAAAUCUUUCAUGUAUGUGUAUUGAUUGGUUGCACCAUCCACUUUCUAGGUAUGAUCAAAGCGAUGAAUUUUUGGCACACGAUAGAUCAUAGCUGCGCCAUUCCCCUGGAUCAAAUGCGCACCAUGUUCACCCAAUAGCACGGAUCUUUCCCAUGGCUGCACAUGUUACCUCUGCCCACAUUAUUAUUGACUUUUUUUCUUUGCCCUCAGCUGAGCUCUCAUGUUCCGGGUUUUGCCUGCAUGGCCCAAUCCUCCCAUGCCUGUACAUCUAUUCAUUAUAGAAAAAAAGAAUAUUUUUAUACCCUUUUAAAAUGAGA